UCAGUCCAACCCCUUCUCACCUUCCACCAGCUUUUCUCUUUAUAAAUUAAACCUUCGAUUCUUCUCCAACCUCUUCAUUUCCUCUAUCAUCAUCAUCAUCGAUCAAUCUCAAUGGAAGGCCAAAUUCCUCCCUUCCUCUUCACGCCCUCCCUUACAUCCUCCUCGUUGCACCCUCCUUUAGACCCAGAAAUAGACUGGGUCAGCCUUCUCUCUGCGGGUCAAGCCGGGCACAUGACUGAGAAUAUGCUGAUGAUGGAAAGUUCUUCCACGGUGUCUGAAAAUGCGAGUUUGGAAGAAAAGGGUAAUAAUAAGGCCGAUAAGAGAAGAGGUGGUAGAAUGAAAAGAGCAACACGGCCAAGGUUCGCGUUUCAGACUCGGAGUGCCGACGACAUACUCGAUGAUGGCUACCGGUGGAGAAAGUACGGCCAGAAAGCUGUGAAGAACAGCAUUUAUCCUAGGAGCUACUAUCGGUGCACGCAUCACACAUGCAAUGUGAAGAAACAGGUUCAAAGGCUAUCCAAGGACACGAGCAUUGUGGUGACCACAUAUGAGGGCAUUCACAAUCAUCCCUGCGAGAAGCUGAUGGAAACCCUAACUCCUCUUUUGAAGCAAAUGCAGUUCCUCUCUAGGUUCUGAGAUCAGCAGAUCGAUCGAUCAACUGUCUUUGUUCUUGGCAAUAUUUCAAAGUUAAUUAUAACCCCAAUACUACUUGUGACAUUGUGUAAAUUAAGGAACUGUAAUCUAGCUCUCUGCCGUGUCAAAUAUCAUCAAGUAAUUAAACCUUUGUAUGUUAGUUUGCCA